CCCAAGGUUGGCCGCCAUUCUGCUGCCAGGCGGCUUUGGGACUUGUUGCAAGAGGCAGAGCUGCACGUUUCCUGUACACUGUUCCGGUCUGCAUUUUGGAGCUUCAAAGUUUCAGGAAGAUUUGCAAGACAUGCAAGUGUUACAUCAGUUGUGACCAGCUCAUUUAAUACAUACCUAUGUUUUCAAUCAUUGGCUCAUCAUUUUUUCUCAUGCUCGAAAUGACUGACUAACUACGCACGUUUUUUGAAUUCCUGGAUAUUUCCAACUUUUGACAAAUCUAAAGCUUCCACAGGAUAAGGUUGAAUAUGCCAUCUGUAAUAUUGUACCUGGUUGUUGUUCUUUCGGCUGCAUGGUCAGACCCAGUUAUUCCAAGGAUGUUUUGGCAAUAUGGAGAAGUGCCUUUGAUCACAUUUUCUGCUAGUGGAGUGUCAAACUAUUCAACAUUGUUGCUGAGUGAAGAUCGAGGUGUGCUGUAUGUAGGUGCCCAGGAAGCCAUCUUUGCUGUGAACGUGUCAGACAUUUCAAGUAAAAUCCAUGAGGUAUUCUGGAAAGUCCCACAGAAAAAACAGAGGGAAUGUGCAGCUAAAGGAAAAUCCGAAGUGACUGAGUGUCUGAACUACAUACGCAUCUUACAUGAAUUUAGUAAUGAAAGCCUCUAUGUGUGUGGAACUUAUGCAUUUCAACCAACCUGUGAUUACCUUUCAAUUGGGAAUUUUACUCUGCAAGGGCGAAAUGAAGAGGGUAAAGGAAAGUGUCCAUUUGAUCCUGCUCAAAGAUAUACUUCAGUUAUGGUUGAUGGUGAGCUUUACUCGGGAACAGUCUUCAAUUUCCUGGGAAGUGAGACAGUCAUUCUACGGAGCCAUUUGCGGACAGAAUAUGCAAUACCCUGGUUAAAUGAGCCAAGUUUUGUCUACUCCGAUGUUAUAAGAGACAGUGAAAAUAGUCUGGAUGGUGGUGAUAAAAUUUAUUUCUUCUUCACUGAAGUGUCUGUUGAAUAUGAAUUUAAUAGCAAACUUCUGGUGCCACGAAUAGCUCGAGUGUGCAAGGGUGAUAAUGGAGGAUCACGAAUUCUGCAGAAGAGAUGGACAUCAUUUCUCAAAGCUAAGCUGAUUUGCAAUCUACCUGAGUCUAAUUUUGUCUUCAAUGUCAUACAGGAUGUUUUUAUUUUGAAAACACCAAAUUGGAAGGAAACAGUGUUUUAUGGUGUUUUUACAUCCCAGUGGAGUAAUUUGGAAGUAUCAGCAGUCUGUGCCUUUAACAUGUCCAAUGUAGAAGAUGUUUUCUCUAAAGGGAAAUAUAUGCAAAGUGCUACAUUUGAACAAUCCCAUGUAAAAUGGGUCAGAUACAAUGGACAAGUUCCAAAACCUCGCCCUGGCUCAUGUAUAAACAAUGAAGCGAGAGCUUUGAAUAUCAACAGCUCACUGAUGUUGCCUGACAAAACUCUUCAGUUUGUGAAGGAUCACCCUCUGAUGGCAGACCCAGUGAACCCUAUUGGAAAUAGACCAAAAUUGGUGAAGAAGAAUGCAAACUAUAUGCAGAUUGUAGUGGACAGAGUUAGGGCACUUGAUAACAACCUCUAUGAUGUCAUGUUUGUGGGUACAGACAAAGGAUUAUUGCACAAAGCAAUUAACUAUGGUAAUGAAAUGCAUAUAAUUGAAGAAGUCCAGAUUUUCCCUGACUCUGAGCCUGUGCAGACAUUACUCUUGUCCAAAGAGGACAAAAAGUAUCUUUAUGCAGGGUCUCAUUCUGGUGUUGUUCAAGCCCCUGCUGCUUUUUGUGAAAAGUAUAAAACCUGCACGGAUUGCAUUUUGGCGAGAGAUCCCUAUUGUGUUUGGAGCACCGAAAACAAAAGUUGUGACUGGAUUACGAAAAAUCAUACCAAUAAGAGCAAUUUGAUACAGAGCCUGAAUGGAUUUACAGUUCCUUGCAGAGCUGAAGAUGUGGAAUCUGCAAUAUCAGAAGAACAUCAUGUGGAUCCAGGAGGAUUUAAAGAAUUGAAAUGCUUACCCAUGUCUAAACUGGCUAAAAUUAUAUGGAAGUUAAAUAACAAUACUCUCAGUGAGAAUCCAAAAUACCGACUUGUUCAAAACAAUUUGCUGAUUUUCUCUGUAAAUGAAGAUGAUUCUGGUACCUAUGAUUGCUGGGCAGUAGAAUCUAUGAAGGGACGCCUGUAUGAACACCUGGUGCAAAAGUAUUCUCUGAUCGUAGAGGGUCCAUCUAAAGUUGUAACAACCUCCCCAACUACACCCUUUGCCAAAAUGGAAGGUAAUUCUGCAACAACUCGGACAAGCACAGAUCAAGAACAGAGAUCUCCUCAUACACUCACACCCCAGAUUCAAACUGAUAUGUUCAUAUCAACCGUGCCAUAUACUUCAGUCUCCCCAUUCUCAGCCCCUCCACUUCCAAAUUCAGUAGUAGACACUCGAGCUAUUAGUGAGCCUUCAACUGCAGAAAGUAAUGAUAGAGUUUUAUUAUCUUUACUUGUAGUGAUUACACUUCUUUUCCUAAUCCUAAUUUGUUACAAUUGUUACAUGAAAUACUUGCCAGGUCCUUGCCUGAAACUACGUCUGUGUAUAGUCAGUAAUGAAAAGAAACCAGAAUUUGAUUAUGAUGUGUCUGAGGAGCUGGUAAAGCACCAGGCAGUGAAAAUCAAUUCAGAUAAUCAAGGUAGUGAGCAAAUUCCUGCUGGUGACAAGGGUUAUGAAACAGAAUCAGACUGUGGGAAUGGCAAAAUUCCAAGUUCAGAGAAAGCUCAAGAGCUCAAGCAAAUCCAAGAAAACCACUCCAUUGGUUCGAUUGAUGCAGAGAAAGAUGCAGAUAUUCCUGACAUUAAAUUCAUUGAUGAGGAAGUUCAGAGUCUUUGCUAGCAUAUUUUUGUAUUUCUCAUAGGUUUAUUGAAGUUCAGCUGGUUGCAAGCGUGAGUACAGAAAGUUAGAAAAAAAGAGAAAAAUCAUGUAAAACUUUAAAAGGUUUUUAUUAGAUAAGCGUACUUCUUGGUAAAUGAUGUUAAAAGUGAAUAUCAAUCUCACUUUCAACCUGCAUUAUAUUCAGCAAUCUCUAUUGUUUUCAUGUGCUCAGU